GAGGUGUUGGUCAGAGAAACUCUGCCAGUUUCUGUCGCACUACAGAUGGCUGUUGGACGCAUGCAUCAUCGAGUACUUUACUGAAGGUCACUGGAGCAAGUUACCUGAGUCAUGGCAACAGAGCCUCAGGGGUGCAUCCAUGACUGGUGUCUCUCAGCUCUUGCUCUCGUCACCAUUCCAGAGACAUCGGUCAGGAGAUAUCAACACCACCAGACCCCUAUGAUUGAGACCAGUGGACAGAGUUUACCCUCUCUCCCUGUUGGCGUUUGUGGCUACGGCUCACUCUCUGUCUCUCUCAAGAAGACCGCCUCGGCAGGCGAGUGAGGGACGGACAGAUGAGGAGGAGAAAGAAGGGAGGGGUUCCAAGUCCCAGGUGGCUGGUUUGGAGCACGUCUUCAGACGACACGUGAAACCAAAGAAACAACAUGAAAUUAAAAAUCUCGCCAAGGUAAUCAUGUAGGUGACUGGAAACACUUGAUGGUGUAAGUUGUUUUGCCUUACACUGUACACUGUUCGUGCAAAUCAUGAUCACCAAAUGGCCUAAAUCUUCGCCAAAACAUUUUCCCUCGUUGCAUCGUGUUAUGAUAUAUACAAAACUGUUUGCGAGUGAUAGAUGUACACACACAUGCAGGAAGUCUUGAAGAUUGUUCAGAAAACUGGCUGCAGAGACAUUAUUGACAUUGGCUCUGGGCAGGGCCACCUGGCACGGUACCUGGCCUACCACUGUGGACUGAAUGUGGUGACUGUGGAUGCUGUUGGAUGCCAUCUCAUGGCUGCUGCAAAAUUUGACAGUGAAGUGGAGAGGGACAUUGGGAAGAGGGUCGAGGCUGAAGCUGCAACUGGCAGCAUCGUCCACAUCGAGUCUCUGAUCCAGCCGGAUAUAUCACUAGAGGAGCUACUGUGCCGACUUGGUGUCAGUGACUCGCCGCUUUCCCCGUCGACAACCGAAACAGGACUGACCAGUUUCAUACUGGUUGGACUGCAUACAUGUGGAGACCUGGGCCCCACUCUGCUGAGGCUGUUCUCCCAGAGCCAGAGACUGGCGGGUGUUCUGUCUGUUGGCUGCUGCUACAUGAAACUCAGCUGCUGCCCUGGAGAGCCAGGGGUACCACCUGGUGACCCAUCACAUGGGGGGAGAGGGAAGAGAGGUUACCCGAUGAGUGGCUGGGUGGCUGACCUCCCGUCUUCUCGACUCAGCUACGAAGCUCUCGAAGUCGCCUGUCACUCCAUCGACUCCUACAGAGACAAGAUCAGUGACGAUUCUCAUCACGUGAAGGUUCACUGUCAUAGAGCUGUGGUGGAGACUGUUUUGAGGAAAUAUGGUCUGAGGAGGAGUCAAGUAAAGAUUUCAAGAAGAAUUUCAAGACUUCCAUUCACAGAGUAUGCUACUGCGGUUUUGGAAGGACUGAUCAUACCUCUAACUGAAUUGGAGCGUGAUAGGGAGGAGUUGUUGGCCAUGGCGGAGGAGUGGAGAGAGGUGGCUGUGUUCUUCAUGUUGCGGCUGUCUCUGGCUCCCUGCGUGGAGUCCCUCGUCGUGUGUGACAGACUCCUCUUCCUCUCAGAACAAGGUUUUGAUGUGCAGCUGAAGGCAGUGUUUGAGCCAACAAUAUCUCCAAGAAACCUGCUCGUUUUGUCUCUCAAAUGAUGCUCUGCCCAUAAACUACCACUCAGUUGUAUACGAAUCAAUGGCUCUUGAAUUACAGCAAGACACGAGAGAAAAAAGUAAAGAAAUUAUGAUACAGAAAAU